AUGGCGGACGGCUCGGCUGGACAUCAGUUGUCUAUCGUGGUGCGCAAUCGGGAUGUUGUGUUGCCAGUACCAGUAACUACAGCUAUAGUGCACAACAUGUCUCUAGAGACAGCACAUGUUGAGGAGGCAGAGGCGAUGUGUGUGAAGACGGAGCCCGGAGAGGUGUGUGUGAAGGAGGAGCAGGAGUGCGAGAACAGCGUGCUGCGAGGAGUGAGCGCGGCGGCCGCGCAGGCCGGACUGUAUGUUGAUCAUGUGGUCAAGGACGAGCUCGUGCUGGGUCCCGAGGAGUGGCAUCGCCCUAAAGUGCUCCCACUACAAGUGUGUUCGGAGGGCAGCGCCGCCCGCGCCAGGGAACAGCUCGCGAUGGCUUGUUCCGUGGUGCUUGAGCGUCUCCGCGGCGACGCGACUAAGACGCACAACCGGCGACACCAGAGGAUACACACUGGAGAAAAGCCUUACAAAUGUAGUAAUUGCGACUACAAGUGCACUAAUAGUUCAACCUUACGAAAACAUGAAAGGACGCAUACUGGCGAGAAGCCUUUUCAAUGUGGCCACUGUGAUUACAAAUGCAGCCGGAAGUCAAACUUACUAGUUUACCAAAGGAUACACACUGGAGAGAAGCCGUACAGAUGUAGUCAUUGCGACUACAAGUGCAGUGAUAGUUCAACCUUACGAAAACAUGAAAGGGCACAUACUGGCGAGAAGUCUUUUCAGUGUAGCCACUGUGAUUACAAAUGCAGUCGCAAGUCACGCUUACGACAACACCUGACGAUACAUAUUGGGGCGAAGCCAUUUCAGUGUAGCCACUGUGAUUACAAAUGCAAUAAAAAGUCACAAUUACAACUACACCUGACGAAACAUACUGGGGCGAAGCCAUUUAAAUGUAGCAUCUGCGACUACAAGAGCAAUCGGAAAGAACACUUACUAGUUCACCAAAGGAUACACACCGGAGACAAGCCGUACACAUGUAGUCUUUGCGACUACAAGUGCAGUAAUAGUUCAGCCUUACGAAGACAUGAAAGGACACAUACUGGCGAAAAGCUUUUUCAGUGUAUCCACUGUGAUUACAAAUGCAGCUGGAAGUCAAACUUACUAGUUCACCAAAGAAUUCACACCGGAGAGAAGCCGUACACAUGUAGUCAUUGCGACUACAAGUGCAGUGAUUGUUCAACCUUACGAAAACAUGAAAGGACACAUACUGGCGAAAAGCCUUUUCAGUGUAGCCACUGUGAUUACAAAUGCAGUCGGAAGUCACGCUUACGACAACAUCUGACAAUUCAUACUGGGGCGAAGCCAUUUAAAUGUAGCAUGUGCGACUACAAGAUCAAUCGGAAAGAACACUUACUAGUUCACCAAAGAAUACACAACAGAGAGAAGCCGUACACAUGUAGUCAUUGCGACUACAAGUGCACUAAUAGGUCAGCCUUACGAACUCAUGAAAGGACACAUACUGGCGAGAAGCCUUAUCAGUGUAGCCACUGUGAUUACAAAUGCAGUCAGAGAUCAAGAUUACAACAGCACCUGAUGACAUACUGUGGCGAAGCCAUUUAA